GGUGUUGCUGCAAAACUGAAGUCGCCGAGUAAUGAUGUUGUGAAGUCGCCCGCCCGUCCCUGCCACGCCCGGCGGUUACCCGCAGCGGCGGCGGCGGCAGCUUGGCUGCUGCUGGGAGGCUGCCGCUGCUUUGGAAACUUCUUGAGGGAACGCGGGCGGAGGACGGAGGACUUCGGGCCACUCUUGUCAUGACUGUCUGAGGUAUGAUAAUUACCUGAGAGCACUCACUGCUGCAGAUGCCAUUUGUCCAUCAGGAAAUACCCAUACAACCAGAUCCAUUUUUUUAUUGAAUGGCUUGAUGGAUUUCCUUCACUCUAAUUCAUACCAAAGCUGUCCUCAACCAAAGCAAGAAAGGAUCCUGCAUGAAUCAAUCCCAGAAUGCCAUUUUUACAUCACCAAUGGGUGAAGAAAACCUCAUGAAUAGCAAUCACAGAGACUCAGAGAGCAUCACUGAUGUCUGCUCCAGUGCGGAUCUCCCUGAAGUUGAGCUGGUGAGUCUGCUAGAAGAACAGCUGCCCCAGUAUAAACUGAAAGUGGACUCUCUCUUUCUAUAUGAAAAUCAAGGCUGGACUCAGUCCGCACACCAGCAGCAUCAUGCAUCUGGUGCCCUCUCUCCAGUUCUUGCUGAAGAGACUUUUCGUUAUAUGAUUCUAGGCACAGACAGGGUGGAACAGAAGACCAAAACUUACAAUGACAUCGACAUGGUUACACAUCUCCUAGCAGAGAGGGAUCGUGAUCUGGAGCUAGCUGCUCGAAUUGGACAAGCUCUCUUAAAGCGGAACCAUGUCUUGUCUGAGCAGAAUGAAGCUCUGGAGGAGCAGUUGGGACAGGCUUUUGAUCAAGUUAACCAACUGCAGCAUGAGCUUUCCAAGAAAGAUGAGUUACUUCGAAUUGUCUCCAUUGCUUCUGAAGAGAGUGAAACUGAUUCCAGCUGUUCUACACCUCUUCGGUUCAAUGAGUCCUUUAGUUUAUCUCAGGGCUUGCUACAGUUGGACAUGCUGCAAGAAAAGCUUAAGGAACUGGAAGAAGAGAAUAUGGCUCUUCGAUCCAAGGCUUGUCACAUAAAGACAGCAACUAUUACUUAUGAAGAGAAGGAACAACAGCUUGUCAGUGAUUGUGUUAAAGAACUUCGUGAAACAAAUGCUCAGAUGUCCAAAAUGACUGAAGAGUUGUCUGGGAAGAGUGAUGAACUGAUUCGAUAUCAAGAAGAGAUCUCCUCUCUCUUGUCUCAAAUUGUAGAACUUCAGCACAAACUUAAAGAACAUGUGAUUGAGAAGGAAGAACUGAGACUUCACCUACAAGCUUCCAAAGAUGCCCAAAGACAACUGACAUUGGAGCUACAUGAGUUACAAGACAGGAAUAUGGAGUGUCUAGGAAUGUUACAUGAAUCCCAAGAAGAAAUAAAGGAACUUCGUAGUAGAUCUGGCCCUGCUGCUCAUCUCUACUACUCCCAAUCAUAUGGAGCUUUUUCUGGGGAAUCUCUGGCUUCUGAGAUUGAGGGGACCAUGCGUAAAAAGUUGAGUUUGGAUGAGGAGUCUUCUCUUUUUAAACAAAAGGCCCAACUGAAACGGAUAUUUGAUACUGUCAAGAUUGCCAAUGACACACGGGGCUGCCCUGUCCCAGUCCCAGCUCUGCUGUCCAUUCCGGGCUCCAGCCACUCAAGUGUCAUCAUGACAGCAAAACCUUUUGAGUCUGGUUUACCACAAACAGAGGACAAAACACUCCUCAGCCAGGGGAGCAACUCGGAGGAGGUUCCAGGGAACGUUCAGAAAAUGAGCCAACCAGAACCCUCUGGAGAUGGUGAUUUGGCUACAGCACUGCAUCGCCUUAGUCUGCGGCGACAGAACUACUUAAGUGAGAAGCAGUUCUUUGCUGAAGAAUGGGAGCGGAAGAUCCAGGUUCUGGCUGAACAAAAAGAAGGGAUUAGUGGCUCUGACAGCCUUGCCUCUCUCUGCACUGACCAGUCAGAGACAACAGACUGCAGCAGUGCCAGUUGCCUUCGGUGUUUUAUGCCUGAAAAAUUACAAAUUGUCAAGCCCCUUGAAGGAUCACAAACUCUGCACCACUGGCAGCAGCUUGCUCAACCAAAUUUAGGAACCAUUCUUGACCCACGACCAGGUGUCAUUACUAAAGGCUUUACCCAGUUGCCCAAGGAUGCCAUCUAUCACCUCUCAGAUUUAGAAGAGGAUGAAGAGGAAGGUAUCACUUUUCAGGUUCAGCAACCUCUUCAAGUGGAACAGAAACCUACAGAUCCCAAGCUAGUAACAGGAAUCUUUCUACCACCCAUUACAUCAUCAGGUGGACCAGUUACAGUUGCAACCUCAAACCCAGGAAAAUGUUUGUCAUGCACAAACUCGACAUUCACCUUCACCACCUGUAGGAUAUUACAUCCCUCUGAUAUCACUCAGGUUACCCCCAGCUCUGGAUUCCCUUCAUUGUCCUGUGGAAGUAGCAGUAGCAGUUCAUCAAACACGGCAGUGAAUUCUCCUGCUAUGUCCUAUAGACUCAGCAUUGGUGAAUCAGUCACCAACCGACGAGAUUCCACUGUCACCUUCAGUAGCACCAUGAGCUUGGCUAAACUGCUACAAGAGCGAGGCAUUUCUGCCAAAGUAUACCACAGCCAAGUUUCAGAGAACCCCCUCCUUCAGCCUCUCCCUAAAUCCCUGGCUAUCCCUUCCACGCCCCCAAAUUCACCAUCUCACUCACCUUGCCCUUCUCCUUUGCCCUUUGAGUCUCGAGUACACCUCUCUGAAAAUUUUUUGGCCUCCCGACCGGCUGAAACAUUCCUCCAAGAGAUGUAUGGCUUGAGACCUUCCCGGAACCCUCCUGAUGUUGGCCAGUUGAAGAUGAACUUAGUGGACAGGCUGAAGAGACUGGGGAUAGCCAGAGUGAUCAAGACCCCUGAUGCCCAAGAAGAUGGAAGAGGCCAAGAGGCAGAAAUUGGUCUUCGAAGACCAGACUCUACUGUUUAUUUAAAUUCAGGUAGCAAUUUAUUAAGUGGGUUGAGGAGGAAUCAGAGUCUUCCCAUUAUGAUGGGUAGUUUUGGCACCUCAGUUUGCACAUCCUCACCUAAAAUGGAUAUCCUGAAGGAGGACUGAGGUUCAGCAGUGAACUGAACUUGUACACAAAUUAGCACAUGAAGGAUAGAUUUGCACUGAUACAUGUGGUCUGGUCUAACUGAGAAAAGAAAUGUUGCAGAGGGGUUGUGAAUGUGGGAAGAGGAAAACGAAAGUUUAGGAACAGUUGGGAUGAGACCCUAAUGAAUGAGGUCUCAUAAAUUGAAAGUAUAAAUGAAUGGGUCAUGAGUGGAGAUGGAAAAGGGACAAAGGUUUAAUAUACUCCUUAAGUUGGGUUUUCUUGUGUCAAAAAUAAAGUGACCAGAAAAGAAAUUUUGUAAUACUGAAAUAUACCAGGAAUACUUACUUUGCUAGCCCAUUUACUUCUGGUAAGCAUAAGCAGAGACCACUCAGGUCAGGAGGAGGUGGGAAGAGAAAAGUAGCAGCUUUGACUGUUGCCUCGAGAAAGUUGUUCUGGAAGGCUGCUGGGUUGAAUAAGCUCAGUCUGUUACUGAGACAACAGUGAGGUGGCUUUUAUGUUUUCCCCUGUUGAUGUCUGGUUAAAUUGCACUCCCACCAAACGGCAAGCUCACAGCAUUGGCAAGCAAGGAAUUUUACCCUUUUAAUAGAGUUGCUCUCUAUUUCAGUCUCUGGGAGCCCAAACACCACCCAAAUUCCUUUUGUAUUUGUGAUUAUUUUAUUAUCUUUUUUAAAAUUUGUAUUUUUAUACAACAUCCAAAAAAACACAACAUUGGGUGCGGUAUUUUAAGAAGGAAAUAAGGGUUAAUUGGAACUUUUUUGCAGGAUAUUUCUUCUGGUAAGUGUAGUGGCCAAGGAAUAUCAACAUAAUUGGAUUUCCUUGGAGGCUGGAUGGGGUUAAAUCAGAAGUACAAUCAGGAAUUAGAGAAUGUUGAAUAUGUAUGUCUAUACAUUUUAACAAGGAAAGUUGGUUGCAACUAAACUUUUCCAAAGUGCUAUGCAUAUUUUUAAUGAAAGAGGACCUGUAUUUGCACAAAAAUUCUCAGGCACAUUAAAUUAUUUAUUAUAAGCUGAAGUAAAACCCAGGUGCUUGCUUUGAGACUGGUUUUUUAAUGUAAAAUAAAGUUAAAACACAUCUGCCUUUUUCUAGAUAUCUGUGAAAUUAUAGAAAAAACUUUUUAAUCGGGGAGUCAGAGCUUUUGCUUUUUCUCUGUAUUUUUGUUUUGUGUUUUACAAAAUAUGUGAAAUAGCACAAUGAAACUUGGGAAAUUUGUUUUCAGCAUUCAGCAUUGUGACAAAUUGGCUUUGAAUUGGGAAGAAACAGAUCUGCUUUCUGGGUGUUGCUGAUCAAGGUCUGCUCAUCAGAGGGCAUGGCUUUCUUUAAACGGCAGUGCAGAAAGAAGUACCUGUGAGAGGCAGGGUGGAGAGAAAAUGAGGAAUGAGGCUAAUUAAUUUAAUUUUGAAAAUGGAGGCUCUAACUUACUUUUUGGUGCUUAAUUGACACAUGUUUUGCUCCUUUGUUUGGACUUAACUGAAAGGAAUUUUCUGAAUUAUUGGUAAGAGUCUUGCUCCUAUGGUUCCCACUGGUCAGAGGUGGGUCCUUUCUCUCUUCUCUUGAGGUGCCUUUCCUACAUGAAUAACUAUGUGCUCAAAGGGAUAGAAAAACCAACAUCAUGCAGUGGUAAGAAUGUGUGAGUUCUCCAUGCUUUUUAGAAUCUUUCAAUAAAACUUUUCUAGGUAAAUUUCUUAAAAACAGAAAGUGAAAGUAUCAUCCCCUUUUCUCUCCCCUUCUCUCAGUCAUGCUGAGGUCAGCAGACGGUACACAUACAUAUUUGAAAAGGAUUUCAUCAGGUCAGUCGGUGAAUGUCAGUGUCCCUGAAUGUGGUAGGCAUUGGCCAGAAGAAUUCCUGAUGUUAUGUUUCUAAAAUAUCCCACUUAGCUUUUUUAAAAACAGUGUUUGAGUUUCUACUUCAUAAAGUAACUCUGGGGUACUUAUUUCUGCUGAAUCUUAAAGCUUUUUAUUUAUUCUCUAAGUAAUCUUCCUGUUGCCAGUUCCUAAGAGACAUCAGGAAGUAAGAAAAUGUAGGGCCCAGAGUAGUACAAAAUGUUAAAUUAUGAGAGUUAUGUCUAUUAUAUAAAUAUCUAUAAAUUAAAUACUAUAAAUUAAGAUUUUGGAGUGUUCUGUAUCAUCAGUAUACUUUUCUAUAACCAAUGUUAAAGUGAUCACUUUGGAAGCAGGGCAAGGGUGUAUUCACAGCCAAAUAAAGCACACGUGAUUAAAGAGAACCAGGCUUAAGUUUUUUGAAAAUUAGAUUGAUGUUGAUAUUCCACCAGAAUCAUGAUAAUUAUAUACUUGUGCAUGCCUGUCCCUAGAAAUAAAUUCUGUCUUGAGUUGGGUUUUACUGUUUUCUGAAGUUUCUGCGUAAAAUUGUUUUCGGUACAGCCUGAGAAUCUCUAUAUUAUAACAAACUGCGCAAAUUAUAGUAAGAAGAACUGAGCCAUGGUAGCCAGUUCCUCCUCAGUUAUCUUAUGCUUUAACAUUUCAGUUUUUCUAUAUUAACUGUAUGUACUUUUAUGCCAGUAUAGGAAGCUCCAGUCUUUAUUUUCCUCCUUCAAGAAGGUUCUCAGUGAUUAUACCUCAGGUAUUUCUGAGUAUCCUAUUAUAUAGUAGGAAGGAUAGCUUCCUAAGCUCAGAAUUAAAGGUUCUCCUGAAUUAAGAUGAUCCCAAAUCUUCUGUAAAUAACCUUAGGCAUGCAUCUUAGGAAAAAGUUAGUGAACAUUGUUAAACUAGUUUUUUAAAAAGUUUUAUACUAUAUAUCCUUGAUUUGACACAAAUAAACAGACUUUGGCAAAGGGAGGAAAUAAGAGUUAGCUCACAACAAGAGACUCUUCUCUGUAAAGGGUAUAUUAUAUACAGUAUUCAAAGCCUGUUUUCAUUCUUGUUUUCUGACCACUCUAAUACAUAAUUAGUAGAACUUGUUGGUUACUAACAUUGACUUUUGACACCUGAACUACAGCUCUGAGUGUGUAAUGGUCCACUUCUUUGAUGUCACCUGUACUCUGAGUGUAACACCAUGGUGUCUACGCUGAGUGGUUUGCAUUGCAGAGCACAGCAGCUCAGGAGCGGCAGAGUGCCCGCUGGACAGCCAGGGAAAUACUGUGGUUUGAUAUCUGGGGCUUGCUUGACUUUGUCAACAGCUCUUUGUUGCACCUACCUUUGCUUUGUCAAAUGUAAAUCAGAUAAUAAACAUAAUAAACAUGUGUAUCUUAAAUUUU